AUGUGCACCAGCGGCCAGAUUAUUGGGAGCCUCUUGGUGCUCUCCGUGCUGGAGAUAGGGCUGGGGGUGUCCAGCGUGGCCGUGGGGGCGGUCAGCUUCAGCCUGGCCCUCCGAGAGCACAAGCCGCAGCUCGGAGACUCGUCCCCGUUUCUUCUCUGUGGCAUUUGUGGAAUAUUGUGCGCCAAAAAAAAAUCGGGACUUGUCAUGAUCCUCUUUUCUGCCUGCUGUAUCUGUGGACUCAUCGGGGGCAUCCUGAAUUUUCAGUUCCUUCGGGCAGUCACGAAGAAGACCUCUUCCUUGUAUCCUCUGCACCUGGCCUCGAUGUCUCUUGCGUGCAUUGGAAUUGGUGGCUGCACUCUCUCUUCCUGGCUCACUUGUCGACUGGCCAGCUAUGAACAGAGGAGGAUGUUCUCAGAAAGGGAGCACUCCCUGCAUCAUUCUCAUGAGAUGGCUGAGAAAGAAAUAACAGACAACAUGAGCAAUGGAGGACCACAACUAAUAUUUAAUGGAAGAGUAUAAUCAAUGUUUCAAAGAACUGAACCCUUUUUUUUUUAGGAUUUCAUGAGGCAAGUAGAUACCAAAGGACUAGGAGAUAAGAUUAAAACAGUUCUUGUAUUUCUUUUAACACUCCUGAGCAUCUACUAAAAUUAUUCUUCCUCAAUUUUGCCUCACUUAUUUCUUCAGCUUUUUUUUAUGGGAUAAAACAGUUUCCAGAAGUGUUCUAGUACAGUAAUUUCAAGAGACUUUCCAGAUUGUUCUAAACAAGACUUUUCAAUAAAAAGAAGCAAAAAUAAAACAGAAAUAAAAUUCAUAUUGACUAGCAUGAGCAUUAGAUUUAUAAUGACAUAUUUCAUAUGAGUAAUUCAAAAGUGCAAAUAUUAAGAAAUAACUAACUUACUGAUGUCUUUGUUUUGAAAGACAGAUGGCUUCAAGAAUGCCAUAAUUCAAAACCUCAGUAAUUCCUUGUUAUAAAAACAUUGUAAUUAUUUUCAAUUUGUUAAUGAACUAUAUUUCAUAAUUUAUUUGUAAAUGACCAAAAAUCUAAAGCAUAAAAAAGAGAUUUUUUUAGAGAGAAAAUAUUAAUCUGCAUAAUAUUUUUGCAUUUUUGCACAAGAAUGAAAAGUUGCAAGUAAAUAUCAUUUAAGAAAAAUAAACAUGUUUUGACCAUACCGUGCAGGUUGACCUGCAUGUUCAUGAAUGAGCUUAAGAAUCAGGUAUGUGUAUGUAUGUGUGUAUAUAGACUGUAAAUAUAGAAAAUGUAUACAGCAUAUAUUUAUAGCAUACAUGAAUGUAAAUACGUAGUAGAAAGAAACUGUGAUGCUGUGGGGGUAUUUUUAAGAUUCAACUCCACAAAUGUGAGAAGGCUCAAGGCUUUUUUAUGCCCACAAAAUCACAUAUUUAAUUUCCACUAAAUUUGCCCAUUUUUCUUCUUUUUAUUAGGUCUGUUUUGUGUAAAUAUCAUUGUGGUGAUAUUUAGGGAACUGAGUAAUUUGGGUAGUGUAGUAUAAAGAUAAGUUACUUAAUUAUUUGGCUACUUUACUGUGAUUAUAGUAUUUAUGUAACAUGACUUCAAAUUACAUACUUCCAUAUUUAUAAGUAAAGACAUGAUGGCCUAUAAUGAUUAAUGAUACUGAUAUUUCAAACACCUUACAGUUCAAUUAAAUGAUGCAAAUCAGCAGAUGAUGUACACCCCAAAACGAAGUUAUAAUUAGCUUCACUAUAAUUUAAUUUAAAUUUAAUUUAAAUUUGUUUUGCUUCCUUUUCUUCUACAAAUCACAUGAAAUAAUAUAGGCAGUCAUAUAUAAGAAAGCAUAGAUCCAAAGAAUCUGAAAGAGUUCUCUGUAGAAUGAAAUGAAAAGAAAGGUUUAAGUUUUUCUAGCUAGAUUCAAUCCCUCCAUUCCAUAAUGGAAUGUUAAAAUAGCAACCAAUGACAAUACUUAUAAGCAAGAAAAUAGCAUAGCUUUGGAAAUAUUUAUGAAAAUAUAGUCUUUGGCAACAUAUA